CACAUUAGACCAUUCAUUCUGUCACCAUCAUGCAUAUAGCUGGACUUAAAAGAAUUUGCAAACUUUAACAGUGAGGAAAGAAGGACCAACUUAAAGGUGUUGUGUUUGAAGAACAGCUGAAUAUUUUCCAUCCAAGAAAGAUCAAACAUCUGUGUUCGGACAUGACCAGCCCUCAGAUGAGUCUGAAAACCCCUUUCAAAGACCUGACGUCAUUUAAAGGCAACAUGAAGCGGCUGUACAGGGAGCGACUGGAGGAUGCACCCAUUAAAAAGCGGGUAAUGGCGGAGAUGCACCUGAAACGGUGUAGCCUGGAAAGCGUCCCCAAACCCCCAAAGGUCAAGAAGGAGCGCGAGGAACACAGCAGCUCAGAAAUGGACAUUGAGGAAAGAGAAUUCCACGUUGUCGGGGCUUCCAAGGCUUUAGAUCUCAGCGCCGGCCUCAAACACACUCUGGCACAGUUCACACUGAGCAGCCAGAGCUCCCUGGGAGGUCCUGCUGCCUUCUCAGCAAAAUCUGUGCAGGAGUGCGCCUCUCCUGCUGGCAUGGCUCCCCUGCCGUCUCCCCCAGUCCUCGGAGGCGGCCCGCUCUUGGUUCCGUGCGACAGCUCCACAGAGCUCACCCAUUCUCUGCUCGAAGGAGAGUCCAUCUCCUGCUUUGUUGUAGGUGGCGAGAAGCGCCUUUGUCUGCCCCAGGUACUCAAUUCGGUUCUGCGAGAUUUCUCUCUGCAGCAGAUCAACACUGUCUGUGACGAACUUUACGUUUACUGUUCCCGAUGCGAUGCUGAGCAGCUGCACAUCCUCAAGGUGCUGGGCAUCCUGCCUUUCAACGCACCUUCCUGUGGCCUGAUCACACUAACUGAUGCCCAACGCCUCUGCAAUGCCCUGCUCCGCCCGGGUGCCGCUUUCUCAGCAGACCCCAACAGCAAACUGCCAGGCCAAGGCCUGCUGAAGGAGAGCGAGGCCAGUUUCCAGGUCGAGCACCAGUGUCUGGGCAAGUGCCAAGGCCUGUUCGUGCCCCAAUUCUAUGUCCAGCCAGACGCUCCUUGUAUUCAGUGCAUGGAAUGCCAGCUGCUCUUUUCCCCACAGAACUUUGUAAUGCACUCGCACAAGUCCCCCGACAAGAGGACCUGCCACUGGGGCUUCGAUUCAGCCAAGUGGCCCUGCUACCUACAGCUGGGCCGCAAGCAUGAGGGCACACCGGAGGAGCCGCAACUCAAACAGCUGCUGGACGAGAUGAAGGAGAAGUUUCACUAUCAGCUAAAGAGACCUCUGGACAAAAAGGUGGUGGAUGACGACAGUCAAGGGAGGAAGUCCAGUCCUGCACCCUGCCCACCUAACAGCAAGCUGUCUGAUAGCGUCCUGGAAAAAAAGCUACCUUCUAAGGGCAACUUACAGUCUUCAGUGGCAUUCAGUCGACUGUUUCCUGACAUCAAAGAGGAACCAGGACACAGCCCCGUCAUCCACCCUAGUUGCUACCUGUACACGUACGAUAAGAUGGUGGCCCCUAACGUAUCCCUGCGGAAGGAGGGGGAGGUGAGCCAUGAGGUUCUGGGGGCCCUGCUCAAACAACACUACAGCAGGAGAACACUCACCCACGACAGCCAGCCCACCACAGAUCUUCCCGCAUCUCAUUCCUCCAUUGCAGAGGAGGCCAAAUCUCACAACGCGGGCGAAGCGAAUGAGUGCCGCCAACCUCCUCCGUCAGUCGCCAUGGAGACUAGCCCGGGCGGCAAGCAGCACGCCCCCAUUCCCACGGAGGGCAAAGACAGUGGAGCUGAGGACGACAAGGACAGGAUCAUGCUAGAGAUUGUGCAGAUGUACCAGCGGCAGCAAGAAAAGCUGAAUUCCACCCUUCAGAAACAGCUGCAGCUGGAGAUGGAGCUGGAGGCAGUGCGUGGGGGCGAAGCAGCUAGGCUGAGGGAGUUGUCUGCGGAGCAGCUGGAGCUGCAGAACGAGCUGGAGGCAGUGCACACUGAGCAUGCUCAGAGACUGGGGGAGGUGCGGCAGGAGCAGAGACAGCUGGAACACCGACUCGAGCAGCUCAGGCAGCAGAGCUGUGCCUGUCAACCCAAAGAGCAGGAGGCGCAGUACAACGCACAGCUGUGUGAGCUUCGCUGCCGUUUGGAGUGUGCCGAGGCGGAGCGGCAGGAACUGCAGGAGGAGCUCUGCAGAGAACGGGAGGCCAGAGAGAAGCUGGAGCUCAUGAUCUCGCAGCUUCAGCAGCAGAUGACCGAGUCUGGCACCAAGGGGAGCCGCAGUAGUAGCCCUGCCCAGCCCUCGACCCCCUCCGCAAGCCCCCAAUCCCAGCAUUCUCUCUCUUCACCGGGCCCUGAGGUAACCUCCAGAUAAACUCCUUCUCGCUCACCCCCCUCUCGCGCACACUUUCACGCCUGUAGCCCAGGAACAAGCUCGCCCACUCCCUGCAGAGUCACAGGCAAACACAAGACAGCCUCUGCAGAAAAGAGCAGGUCUCCCAUUCCCUUUGUGUCGCACCACCACAAAAAAAAGACUUAAGGUUUGUGCUUAAUGUAAAAAGACUUUUCGUGUAACCCUGCUCUCGACCAGUCGUUAAGCAUUUUUUGGAUGUACAUGUUUGUUUUAAUUUAUAGUCGUGCUGAGAGGCUGAUGGGACAGUGGAGGUAUUUCUUUGUAGGACGCUUGCCUCCUGUUGCAUUGGGAAAGUGCUCGAGUGCUUUUUCGCUCCCAGCCCUUUGGAUACAGGAAACUGACACUCACUAAAAUACUACCUGUGACACGGAGCGCCAGGAUGCCAAACGGCAAGACGCCAAUGCCUUGCAGCAUCAAGAAACCAUGUGGAUGUUUACUUUUUUAUUUUAAUUUUGUGUCAUUGUUUCCUACAGAAAAAAUGGGAGAACAUUUUUGUUAAUAUCACAAAGAAUAUCAGUAAAAUAUUAUUCUAUAGCAUCUUUAAAUCAUUCAGAAACAUAGAGGGGGCCCCUUUCUGAGGCCCCCCAGUUUAAGAUCAUAAUCCUCUUCCUCUCCUUCUCUCCUCCAUUUUCUUUCCCUGCCUGUCUUUUGUCUUUUCAGUCUGGUGUUGAUUAUAUGUUUCCUGUCUGCACUGCUGACCCUUUGCAGGCUGGUAUAUGACAAACAGCAGUAAGAUGCAGUAAGCAAAGACUUACAUUCGCCACCUGCUGGAGAACACUAUGAAACUCGGCCCCCAUUUAACUACAGGGAACAUCUGCAGUUGUAGAAAUGAGGUUCAGCUCACUCUCAAGUUUAUGUUCAGAGGAUUUUCUAAGCAGCGAAAGAGUACCUGUAUUACCAGGAAGACCUUAGUGGUUGUAGUUGCUCAGAAAUUGCAAGAUCAACAUCCUAUUUUCAAACAAAGCACAUAGUAGACCUUAUAUUUGUAAUUUUCUAAGCAAAUUCGACAAGGAUCCAUUAGUAGUGCAAUUAAAGAUGUAAACUAAGCAUUGAAGUAUGUCACAGUCUUCUAUAAACCAGAGCUGAUUUUUUUAAUUAAUCAGAAAACUGCUGAUAAAUUACCUAUAAUUUUUGGUCACGUAUUGGAUGUUUAGCUGAAAUUUUUUUUCAUAUACCUCCUUAAUCAUUCCUCUGUGUCAUUAUUCUGGAUGACUGAACAAACAGGUCUGACAGAGAGAAGAAAAACAGACGGGGCCAAGGGAGGUACGUAAAGGAAUUAAUGCUGUCAUGUUAGCUCCCAGUCACUGAGGGUUGAAGAGGCACGCUUUGUCUCCGCAGAAUGGGGCAGCUGCCUCUGAUGCCCAAUCAUACAUUAACUGUUAGAUGAAUGAAGAAAGAUGGACACAGGAAGUGAAGUGUUUUUGCCACUAGAGCAGUUUCUUUCUCUUUCUUUCUUUCUGUUUCUUUUUCUUUCUUUCUUUCUUUCUUUCUUCAGUUCAGAUUGAUUGUGUAAACAAUAUAGGAUGUAAAUCUAGGCUUCUUUCAUGAUGUGCAUAUCUCGUAUAGAACAUUCCACCGUGCACAACUCUUCGGAUUCAAAGUCAGCCAAGUCGCUGCAGUUUUCUAAACCUGAUAAUGUGUACAGUGCAAAACCUCUUAAGGAAAAUGUAAAGAAACGCCCUGACUUAUGUGAAUACAUCUAGCUUAUGAAGAAUAAAAAAACAAAACUAUAUUGUAAAAGAGUGCCAUUUUUGAACUUUUUUUCUUGAAAUUAUUCAGAAAUUAAUGUAUUAACUAAUAAAGAUUUAUAUAUACUUUGUACAUAUGGUAGUCAUUAAUAUAUUAACUAAAUUCUUAUAAAUAAUCUUUCAAGGUUUCUGAUCACAUUUGCAAAAUCUGGGCAUAGCCCAAGCUCUGUUGUUUUGUUUUUCUUCUCUCUAAUUUCUAAUUUUUCUCAUUUCUAACUGAAGAGUAGUUGUUGAUAAAGUGUGUAAGGAUGCAUGAUGCUCAGAACCCCUACACUAUCCAACGGGGAACGGGAACAGUGACGUAUGCUGUCCAGUGCCUCAGUGUUUCCCUUCAGUGGGUCAUCUUGUCCAUUUCAUUGGAGCCCACUGAGAUUGAC